GACGCGGAUUAUUUCAUCAGAACGUACGCAACAUUAACGAUUUCUCUGAGAAGAACAUGUGACUGCGACUAGAAUUUUGUUUAUCGAUAAGAAUUUAAAUACGGUUUACUUUUAGCUAAACUAACAUUAAGCAACGCUAUGCCAUGCUGCUACACUUUGUUGGCUGCUGAAGCGAAGCAACAGAUCGACGAGGAAGGAAUCCGCGAAGAGGUGGACACGUUCAUGUUCGAGGGUCACGACACAACGUCGGCUGCCCUUAUCUUCACACUGUUUCUCGUAGCACAUCAUCCCAACGUGCAGCAGCGAUUGUAUGAAGAGAUUCAGCAACUUCAGCGGCCAGAUUCGACACAAGAAUUAACCCAGAGCGACUACAGCGAGAUGAAAUUCAUCGAUAGGUACUGAAGGAUUCGCUCCGCUUCACCAAUCACCGAAGACACGCUAUUUGGCGAGCGCCGCGUUCCGAAGGAAACCCUUUUCAACAUGCAUAUAUUCGAUCUGCACCGCGAUCCAGAAGUGUUCCCUGAUCCGGAGAGGUUCGAUCCUGAUCGAUUCCUGCCUCAAAACACCGAAAGCCUUAGCCUAGCGUACGUACCGUUCAGUGCGGUUUCGAGAAACUGCAUCGGACAACGGUUCGCCAUACUGGAACUUAAGGCAGCCCUAUCGGCCAUUCUGAUAAACUUCCGCGUCCUACCGGUUACGAUUUCUUCCACGUUAAGGCGCGUUAUAAAACGUAAACGCAUCUGCAGUGCUGGCCUCAAACGGC